CUGUCACACCCACUAUCAGUAAUUAAAAAACUUUGCAAAAGAUGGCAACUGAUGGUGGAGCAGCAAGAAGCUUUAGAGAACAUGAAUUCAAGGUCCCUGAGCGACUGGUUAAAAAGAAUGAAGACAUGCAGAGAUGGGAAAGUUCUCAGGCUUACAGUGAGUUCAUGGGGUUCGUGACUAUAGUGAAUGGUGCUGUUCGAGGAUUGAAUAUGAAGGAGGACGUGCCCUGCUCCCCGGCUGUGGACAAGUUGCUGUCCCUUAUCUCCAAACUGUCUCAUUGGGCAAAGGAGAUCCCACUGAGUGAGGAGUCCCACCAGAGAUUCGGAAACAAAGCCUUUAAAACAUGGUGGGAGAAAGUUGGAGAUAAUGCAUCUGUUCUGAUUGGAGACCUUCUCCCUGAAGAUGUAAAGGGAGCUGUCGUGGAACUUGAAGUGUACUUCAGACAGAGCUUUGGAAACUCGACCAGAAUCGACUAUGGUACUGGACAUGAGUUCAAGUUCUGUGCCUUCCUCUGUUGUCUGGUGAAGCUGGGUGUACUCUGUGAGGCUGACGCUCCCGCCAUUGCACUAAGAGUGCUCAGAGACUACCUUGAGCUGAUGCGUGCGAUGCAGCUACGGUUCCAGAUGGAGCCAGCUGGCAGCCACGGUGUCUGGGGCCUCGAUGACUUCCAGUUCAUCCCGUACAUCUGGGGCUCCUCACAGCUAAUUGGUAACCCCAACUUGCAGCCAAUAAACUUUGUGGAUAAAGCAAUUGCAGAAAACACUGCAGAUGAGUACUUAUUCAUGGCCUGCGUCACUUUCAUCAAUACAGUGAAGACUGGGCCGUUUGCCGAACACUCAAACACACUGUGGGGAAUCAGUGGUCUGGAGGAGUGGACCAAAGUCAACUCUGGCCUUAUUAAAAUGUACAAGGCAGAGGUUUUGGGAAAGUUCCCUGUGAUCCAACAUUUUCCAUUUGGGACAAUUCUUACCAUGGACCCACCAUCAGGUUGAAGAGGACAAACUCUCUAGCUUCAUUUUAUGAGUGUGGUUGUUUCAAAUUAAGGCUUUAGUUUCUAUUUACGAUCAUGUAUUAUGCCAAGAAAUUAUGCUUCUAUAUUAUAACCUACAGUUGUGUAAAGGAAACGUAAAUUUAUUAAUAGUCAGAAACAA